CCUGAGCAACAACGGUACAAUCAAGCUCAUAUCCACACCAGAGAUGUAGUGGAGCACGUGUUUAGUGUAUGGAAGAGUGGUUUCCAGUGUUUCAGAAACACAUUGCGCUUUCAACAAAGAAGAUGCUGCAUUGUCAUAAUUGCAACAGCAGUGCUUCACAAUUACCUCAAACAUGGCUGCCCAGAUCAAUUACCUCAAACAUGGCUGCCCAGAUCCUCGUAUUGAAGAUGACCCAGAUGUUCCCAUGGUUGAGGCAGACAAUGACAGAAAUGGACAAAACUACAGAGAUGAUUUUGCUAUGCAACACUUCUCACAACAAAGA